GAGAUACCGUCGAUUCGGAGUUGGACGAGCCUGAUGUCUAAAUUCGGAUUGCUAGAUUCGGUCUGGAUAAUUAGAGAACGUGAUUGCGAACUAUUACCUGAGUUGAAAAAAAAUGGAGAUGACGAGAUUAUGGGCAUUAUUUACCCCAUGUGAAGCUCAGACGGAGAGAACUUCCGUAGGCGAUACAUAUAAGAAGAAUGGUAGUGUGCUGUGUUGUGCUGUCUAGAACAUUUAUGCGCAUCUUAGAGAUGAGAGUUGGAUAGCACAACACAAGUCCGAUUCUUGGUGUUUCCUUUCACAGCUCUAGGAUAAGAGUAUAUAUAACAGAAGAACGUGUUUUUAUAGCCGAAAGUAGCGAUGUUAAACAAACCAGACAAACAUAGUGGCAUCAGACGUUGAAUGGUUCCGUAUCAUUGAAGCUUAUCAAGAUGGGCCGAGAAAUGCAAGCAGCCGAGGCCUUAUUUUCCACGGGAAACGACCUCCUCGACUCCGAGAUCCGAAUCGCCGCACACGCGGCCCGCGAGAACCUCAGGGGCCAGCAACCGAACGUAGAAGAAGAAGAAGAACCCGCACCGCAACCGCCAACAUCGACCCAAGUCCGAUGGCGAGACCUGCCGAAUAAAGACCAGCUCUUCAUCCUGUCGCUCUGCCGUCUAUCCGAGCCUCUCUCCAACGUCUGCUUGCUACCCUACAUCUUCUUCCUCGUGCGCUCCGUCCUCCCGCCCGCAACAACCCCACCUCCUCCUUCCAGCGACGACAGCGCCGCCGGUUCCCAGCCCCCGGAACCCGCCGAAGCAGCCCGAAUAUCCCAGUUCUCGGGCCUCCUCGUAGCCGCCUUCCCCCUGGCGCAGUUCCUCGUCAGCCUGGCGUGGGGCCGGCUAUCGGACCGCCGCGGCCGCCGGCUGCCGAUCGUGUGCGGGCUCGCGGCGUCGGCGGUGGCCAACGCCGGGUUCGCGGUGUCGCGGUCGCUCGGCGCGCUGCUGUGCUGGCGCGCGCUCGCGGGCCUGGCCAACGGCAACGUGGGGGUGAUGCGCGCGGCGACGGCCGAGGCCGUGCGCGAGCGCAAGUACCAGACCCGCGCGUUCCUGCUGCUGCCGCUCGUGUUCAACGCCGGGACCGUCGCGAGCCUGGCGCUGGGCGGGGCGCUGGCGGAGCCGGUGGUUAAUUUGCCGUGGCUGUUCGGGCCGCAGGGGGUUUUGAAUGCGGGGCGGGAUCCCGAGGGCGUGCGCUGGGCGCGGGAGUACCCGUACGCGCUGCCGGCGCUGUUGAACGCCGCGGUGCUGGCGGCGGCGCUGGGGCUGGCUGUCGGCGGGUUGAAGGAGACGCUUCCUGGUAAGGAGGAGUACAGCGACGUCGGGCUUAGGGUCGGGGCGAGCUUUAUGCGCUGGGCGAGGCGGCUGAGGGGGAAAGGGGGGGGAGGGCGGGAAUAUGUGAGGGUAGAGAGUGGUGAGGAGGAGGAAGAAGGAGAUACUUUCCUAGGGCAGGCUCGGCAGGAACUCGAGAAACCCAUGUCGACGACCACGUCGAUUGGUCGUGAGGAUAUCCCCUUCCGAAAUAUCUGGACGCGCAGGGUGGCAUGCGCGCUGGUAUCCUUCGGACUGCUCCCACUGCACAACUCGGCCUUCAUGCACAUUUUCCCCGUCUUCCUAAGCAGCCCUCCAUCCGACAACAGCGAAGCCACGCUCUUCGCCUUUGCGGGCGGUCUGGGAUUGCGCUCGUCCACCAUCGGCCUAUGGCUGUCGGUCUUCGGCGUCGGCGGCAUCCUCCUGCAGCUCUUUAUCUACCCGCGCCUGCAGGCCCGCAUCGGCACCCGGGGCGUCUUCCGGAUCGCGCUGUGCCUGUUCCCGGCCACGUACGCGGCGGCGCCGUACCUCUCGCUGCUGGCGGGGAGCGGAGAGGACGGGGCGCGCUGGGUUUUCCUGGGGUUCGUCGUGUGCGCGCAGAUCAUGGCGCGGACGAUGGCUAUCCCCAGCACGGUUAUUCUCCUGACGGAGUCCGCGCCUUCGAAGACGGUCUUGGGGACUAUUCACGGCGCUGGGAAUAUGUUGGCUAGUUUGGCACGCGCUGUCGGCCCUGCUGUAGGUGGUUAUGUGUUUGCGCUUGGCGUGGGAGAGGGUGUUGUCGGGCUCGUGUGGUGGUUGUACUUGGUGGUUAUAGCGUUAUCUGCUUUGGCAUGGUCUUAUAUUAUGGAAAGGGAUGAAUGAGAGCUGGAUGUCGUAUAGUGAUUAGAUACCUACCUAGGAGGUAGGUAGGCCAAGAAUGAAUUUAUCUCUAACAAACAUGUCAUUAAAUGGACUCGGCUUGUUCACGAAAGAUAUAUAUCCAAGUCAUUAAAUUGAAUUCUGAAUCACUGCGG